AUGAAUGUUAAUUCUGUGUCGAAAGUAUCGGCUGUCAAGUCGGACUCUGGAACUGAUACGAGUAGCUGUGAUUUGGAUGCGAGUAAAAGAAAAGAAAACCUAUUGAAAGGUAGGCACCCUAAUGUAUUUACAGGAAUUGGUAAACUAAAGGGGCAUGAACAAAAGAUUCACAUAAAUACCAAUGUACCCCCUGUUGCCCAAACGAACAGGCGUGUUCCAUUUCAUUUACGCAAACAGUUAGACACCUGGCUUGACGAUUACUUACAAAAAGAUAUAAUUGAGCCUGUAUCUGAUGAGAGCACUGACUGGGUGAGUGGACUAGUUCUUGCACCAAAACCCAGAAACCCCAAUGAAGUAAGAGUAUGCGGCGACUACCGCCAAGCAAACACAGCUAUAAAAAGAGAAAAACACCCAAUUCCUACAGUUGACGAACUGAUGGAAAGUAUGAAUGGGGCAAUUAAAUACAGUAAGAUUGAUUUGAAGGCUGGGUAUCACCAAAUUCCCCUUGAGAAAAGUUCCAGGUCCAUUACUACAUUUAUUACGCAUCGUGGAUUGUUUCGCUAUAAACGAUUACCUUUCGGUAUCAACUCGGCCAGCGAGGUAUUUCAGCAUGCUAUCGAGAAUGCCAUUCGAGGGAUAGACGGAGUUCGUAACAUCGCGGAUGAUAUAAUUGUUUGGGGGUCAACACAACAGGAACAUAAUUUACGGUUAGAGCAGUUAUUUGCUCGCUUAGACGAGUCCGGCUUAACCGUAAAUAAUGACAAAUGUCUAUUUGAUCAGAGAGAACUUUGGUUCUAUGGCUUUCUCCUUACUGAUUCAGGCAUAAAAGUUGAUCCAAGGAAAGUUGAUGCAAUUAAGCAUGCUAAGGAACCAAAGGACACAAAAGAACUCCGUAGUUUCCUAGGGCUAGCAAAUUAUUGUUCCAGAUUCAUCAAGAACUUUUCAACUCUUACAUCCCCCUUGCGAGAACUUACUGUAGCCAAAACACCCUAUGCAUGGACACCUAGACACACAGCAGCAUUUGCUGCUAUUAAAGAAGCUAUACAGAAAGACUGUAUCAUGCAUUUUUAUGACCCAAAUCAGAAAACAUGUCUAACAGUCGAUGCAAGCCCCACAGGUCUUGGAGCAAUAUUGUCGAACAUUGACAGAGCAG